UCUGAACACACUGUCUCCAUACCAUUCUUCUGUAGCUUUUGCUAGAAAGCAGCAACAAUGAAGCUUCUAAGAUUCACCUCCAAAUUACUUUCAAUUGCUUUGGUUACCUUAUUAUUCAUCAAGGUUUCACAAGAAGCAGCUAUUCCUCCUAGAUCAAGCAGUGGGGUGGAGAAUGUGUCUGAAUCUGAGGGUAAAACCAUUGAGGUGACUGGCGAGCCCAGUUUCAUUUCUUCAGAGACAACUUGUUCAGUUUGCCUAGAUGACCUGCACAAUAACAAAGAGAAAGGGCCAAUUGUAACUUUGGAACCAUGUGAUCACUCCUUUCAUCGUGCCUGUGCAGAUAACUGGCUUCAAACCGAAGGUACAUGUCCCCUUUGCAGAAGUGAAUAUGGUCAUAGUGAAUUCAAAUACAAGGAGGACCCAACACCCUAUCACGUCAUUGGAAAAGGAAGUCCAUCAAUUGUGCCAUUCAACCCCGAGGACAUUGGCAGGUUUCAAAGGUUAAUGAAUAACAUGAGGGGAGUAGUAAACUCAAGAGACCUGUCUCAUUUGAUCCAAAACGCAGAACAACACAAUCCUCUCUACCAAGAUGUAAUGGGUCAAAUUGAGCAUUGGUUUGAGAGAUUAGAUGAAGUUGACAGAGUAUUUCUGAGAGACCGUAUUGAUUUCAUGCCUCUCAUGUUAAUCUAGUUUUUC